GCGGCUGCUCGGUGUUACGCAGCAGAAUAGGCUGACGCUUCUGUUGCAUCCUGGGGGCUGACCAUGUCGCGGCUUUACGUGUUUCUUAUUAUGCCAGUUAUAUUCCAGUUGGUAUCGUCUAUCUCAUUCUUUUUACCUGUAAAUUCUCGAAAGUGCCUGCGGGAGGAAAUACAUAAAGACGUGCUUGUAACGGGGGAUUAUGAACUUGGCGAGCAGCCGAACACUAAAACCAACCUGAAGAUCACAGACUCCUCUGGACAUAUCCUGUACUCAAAAGAAGAUGCAUUGAAGGGGAAGUUUGCUUUCACAACAGAGGACUAUGACAUGUUUGAAGUUUGCUUUGAGAGCAAGUUUCCUAUGGGAACUGGACGGGUACCUGAUCAGCUGGUCAACCUGGACAUGAAACAUGGAGUAGAGGCUAAGAACUAUGAAGAGAUCGCCAAGGUGGAGAAGCUGAAGCCCUUGGAGGUGGAGCUCCGGCGAUUGGAGGACCUGUCCGAGUCCAUUGUCAAUGACUUUGCAUAUAUGAAGAAACGAGAGGAGGAAAUGAGGGACACUAAUGAAUCCACAAACACAAGAGUCCUGUACUUCAGCAUCUUCUCCAUGUGCUGCCUGAUCGGCUUGGCCACCUGGCAGGUGUUCUACCUCCGCCGUUUCUUCAAGGCAAAGAAGCUCAUCGAGUAGGGAGCCUCAUGCGUCUGCCACUCAGCUAGCCUGCUUGCCCAGCAUUGUGAAGGGAGCGAAGGGUGCCUUCCAUCUUGGGAAGAGUGGAGUGGGUACAUUCUGGGACUGCAAAUGUCAUGUGAUCAGCUAAAAGAGGAUCCUACACUGUGCAACUUUGUUGCUCAACUUUGUUUUGAACAUAAGUGGAAGUUUGUGAGAGGGCGUUUUGAAAGUUAGGCAAAUGUGUUUUUAACUUUGCCCUACUUUAAAAACCCUAAUCAAAGUGCCUAUCUUGCAAUAUACUGUAAGCCUUGUGAAGAUAUUUGUUGAAUUCCCUUCCUUAAUUGUACAAUGACUUUCUGCACAAACAUAAUUUUCUGCCAAUGAAAAUCCUUCUGAAAGCUCUCAGAAAUAGACUUUUUCAUGUCUUCUAAGUGAACUUUUAUUUAAGAAGUAACGGAAGUAUAAAUUUAAGACUAGAUGGUGUUUUUCUUUUUUAAAGCUACCAGCAGUUAUGUGAGCAAGUUUUAAUUUGGGUGGUAUCUUUAAAAAUAUACAAACUAUUACAUUUGUA